UGUAAAUUACCAAAUUGUUUCUGUUUAGGACAAAAGGAUCCGCCUGGAAAUUUAACUAUCUCUGAAAUUCCUCAGCUUGUUGUUUUGGCAUUUAAUGAUGCCGUAAAUAUUCAAAAUUAUGGAUAUUACUUGAAGUUAUUCAACCAGACGAGAAAGAAUGGCAAUGGCUGUCCGAUAAAGAUGACGAUGUUUGUACAAGAUUUGUAUACAAAUUACACAAUGGUCAAGGAUUUAUACAAAAGAGGUAUGGAAAUGGCGUCCCAUAGCAUCACCCAUAAACUUCCCAUAUCAUUUUGGCAAGAAGCAACCAAAAAAGAAAUAUCGUAUGAGAUCCUAGAACAGAAAUCCAGACUAGUUGAAAAGGCGGGAAUUCCAAGUAAAGAAAUCCGCGGAUGGAGAAGUCCCUAUCUACAGCCUUCUGGUGAUAACCAAUUCUCUGUAUUGGACAAGAACAAUUUUGAAUAUGAUGCUAGUUUAAGCAUUCAACGGAGAAAGCUUGACGAAGAACUAUUUUGGCCUGGAACUUUACAUUAUAAAUGGUCCUACAAGUGUGACAAAUGGCCAUGUCCAGAGAAGAACUAUUCCAUGUGGGAAGUACCUGUGGUGUCGUUAGUGGACCAGGAUGGAUUGUAUCCCUGUUCCUAUGUGGAUUCCUGCAUCAAUCUUCCGAAAAACGAAGAAGCAGCUUUCCAACUAUUGUGGAAGAAUUUCAACAGUUACUAUCGUACCAACAAAACACCAUUCAUUGUUAAUAUCCAUGCUCGAUGGCUGAAUACAGAUUUCCAGAUGGUUGCCAUGGAAAGGUUUAUUAUGUCUUUAUUAGGUAUGGAUGAUGUCUAUAUUGUUACGAUGCAUCAAAUGUUAGAAUGGAUGCGGAAUCCUGUGAAUCUGACGGAUAUUUUACAUUAUGAAGCCUGGAAG